AUGUCUACUGCCAAUAUCCAAGACCUCAAUGCCAAGAUGCAGGCGCUCAUCGAGCAUUGCCAGCCCCCUAACACCCACCCAACUAUCUUCUUCCUGUACGACUUUGUCCGUAACAGCCAUAACCAACUGAAGGCCGUUGACGCCGACAAGUAUGCUGCCGGCGACAACGGUGCCAAGGCCGCCGUGAACGAGAUUGAAGGUCGCAAUGCAUUCGCCAACAUGCUCAUCAAUGACAAGUCUGGAAAGUUGUCCAUGAUGACCGGCGGUGACCCCUCCAACCCCGCUGAUUUCGGCGCGGAGAUCAAGACCAAGGCUCUCAUUUUGACCCAGUAA